AUGGCUGCUGUACCCUGCUGACUGGCUUAGUCGAGUUGUGAAGCUGCAUAUAAGUUCAUUGAUAGACAACGGUCUUUAAUGUCAGAGGCCAAGCCUUAACUGAUGCAAAAAUCACACUGUAAUGCUGACUUUGAGGCUACUACAUCAGGGUUUGUUGAUACUGGGAAUUGAACCCUGAUCUCCCAGGGGAAAGGGCAAUGUUUGGUGUGUUGGGCCAGGGAGCUGGCAUGAUGGUGGCUGUCAUGUGUGAGUUAAGAGCUGGUUGCUCCAUGGAUUGCACCACAUGGUCUGGUCUUUCCUGCCUACAAACCAGGUGUGACAUACCAAUAGUGAUUACUGUGAACAGAACAGAACAAAGAAGAACAGGAGAGAGAACAGAAGAAACUUCCGAGAAUCAAGGCUCAGGAGAGUGAAGAAUGUAGAGAGGAUGAAAGGAGCAUUGAAGCUCAUAUCAAUGAAAUGUCUACAGAGAUGCUUAAGGUACACCCAGAUCUGAACUCUUUAAAGGAGAGAAUGAGACGAACCUAUGCAUACCGAAAGACCUUCAUGGCAACUGCCAAGGCAGAGGAAAUCAUCGAAAAGUUUCCCGCACUGAAGCUUCCUAAAAUACUUCUGUGGGAGAUGAAGGAGCAAUUCCUUGUAGAAGCUGAUCGCAGAAUGGUCACAGAGCUGGAUCGAAUGGCAACGAAGACGGUUCAAAGAGCAUCUAUGUGUGACCUAAAGGACUGCUGCCAGAGGGCAAUCAAUGCCUGCCUGGAUGAUUCAGUAAGACGAGGACUCAUUAGGGAUGCAGCAAUUCUACUGCUGCCUUCCAUUUUCAGAGAGGACUCAUCCUUUCUAUACACUCUACUGGAGGAGCCAAGCGUGCCUACUCCAGCAAUCAUGCUCCAUAACACACACGAGGGGAACCCUUUGCAGGCACAAAGGAUAACCCUAUACCUGGAUGGUAUACAGGUUUUGACUGAGGACAGCAGCAUGGACAUAUCAUAUGCUAUGAGUGCAUUAAUGUCACUCUAUUUUGUUUUUGCUGUCCAGUACCCAAAGGAACUGAGAAAAACUCUUAUUUUCAUUGAAAUAUUUGUGUUGGGGAUCAAGGACCACAGUGUUGUACCCAUUUCAGUGAAGAGACUAUACAACUGUGUCGGAAGUGGGGAGUAGUGAGUAGAUGUGUUGCAGCAUGGGAUUUCAUGCUUUAUGUUCUUGUUAAUGGUCAAAUUCCUGCUGCUGCCCUUUGUUUGUACAUAUUGAUUAAAAAAAUACCCCUUAUUUAAUACAUAUUUUGGACCAAUACAUUUUGUUUGAUUUUGGCAUAGUGAUGUCUCUAGAUUUCCAUUAUUGUUACACUACGUAAAAUUUUGAGUACUUAUUACAUAACACUGAAAAGUAUUUAAACAUUAUUUAAAUCAAUGUGAAAACUUUGUGGGAUUCCCUCACUUUCUCAUGAUUCUGUUCCACUGUCACAAUUAGUACAUACAGUAUGUACACUGAUUCUUUUCAUUGGACCAUGCAUUAUUUUAUUGUUUGUAGAUAGCUUACAAUAAGGCACAGUAAAUGCAGUAAGUGCACCUUGGAUUGAUUGAACUAAAACUAUUUUGUGUCUCUUUCUGCCAUGUCACCAUUGCUGGAGAUUUAUUUACACAAAUUCACCUACUGAGGACAGCAUGAUGUGUCUGGCCUGUCAUGUUGCUGAUUCCACUGGACCUAUGCUGACUUUUGACCUGUUCUCCCCUGGGAC